AUGAUGGCAGACUUCUCAGCACCAACUAGCAAUUGCGAAAUCUCAAUGUUCGCUGACGACAUUGAAAUCCACUCAACUGCAGUUAAAAAAUCGGAAACAGAACGGCCACUACAAUGCUAUCUCAGAAAAAUAGAAGAAUGGGCUGGCCUGUGGAAACUGAAGUUCUCGGUUCCAAAAUGCGUCGCAGUUAACUUCACAAGAAAGAAGGCGAGAGAACCAGACCUCAAUCUAACGCUAUACAACACUGCCAUCACGGAAAGAAAAGAAUUCAAAUUCCUUGGAAUAAUUUUCGAUUCUAAACUAACAUGGAACAACCACACUGAAUACUUAAAUGCAAGCAUCCAACGUCGGGCAAAUCUGUUAAAAACCCUAACAUACGGAAAGUCAGCCUUACAACUCAAACUACUCAUCCGCAUCUACGUAGCCAUUAUUCGCAGUAAAGUAGACUACGGGUCAAUCAUCCUAUCAACAAUGCCAAAAACCAGAGUCAACAAACUGGAAACUACCCAAAACCAGAUAGUAAGAUCCAUCCUAGGUUGCUUUAAAUCAACCCCCACUGCCCUAAUCCAACUAGAAACAGGAAUCACAGCCAUAAGAGAUAGAUGGAACUUACUCGCCACCAAAUACCUGGCUAAACUUUCAUACCAAACAAUGCACACUCCUAUAAACAACAAGACAGAAUGGAAAGAGAGAAGCUUACCUGCAAUAAUAAGGCAUCUCAACGCAGUAGAAGAUGGAACAAUCCCCCAAUUGCCAGAGCCCACACACCAACCCUACACUCAUCCAAUAGCACCAUGGAACCUGUUUGAAAUAAAUACGGGUUACUUCCCAUUGAACAAGAAAAAAGCUAUCAACAACACUGCACUCACCUCAACGAUGUUCCUUGAGAUUAGGAACAGUGAGCAUAAAGACCACAUAGCCAUCUACACUGACGGAUCAACCUGUCUGAAGACACUGAAGACCACCUGUGCUGUAUAUAUACCUGAAACAGAUUUUAAAAAAGCAUGGUUACUAACAGAACCCACCAACAGCCUUAAUGCAGAACUAGCUGCCAUUAAACAAGCACUGAAGGGUACAUACAAUCAAAUCUGGAACGAAAUCACCAUAUUCACAGACUCCAAGUCAGCUAUCCAGGCAAUCUCCAACUUCAAACGGGGAACAAGCCCAUCCAUACCUGAAAUAAUACAAGAAAUAAACAAUCUCAAGUCAGCAGGAACAAAAAUUAACCUAUAUUGGAUACCAAGUCACUCUGGAAUAAGAGAAAAUGAAAUCGUAGACCAGCUAGCAAACACCAGAAGAAGUGCAGACGACGGGGCGAUGAUGACGCACUCACCCAACAUGGCAGAAAUCCUAACGAAAAUAAAAAACAAACACCAAAACAGAACACUCGAAAAAAUAAAACAAAACUCCACCAACCAAGCCGUAACAAAUAGAAACCUAAUGGGUGUAUGCACUUGGCAUACACACAGGAAUAGAGCCAUACAAACCGCACUGAUGAGACUGCGAAGUGGCCACAAUAGACUAAAUGCCACCAUCAGUAAAUGGGACAUGAACGUCCAGCCGGAAUGUCCAAAUGGGUGCACAGAAAAAGAAAACACCGAGCAUGUACUCAUACACUGUCCACACUACUCCACAGAAAGAAGAGAACUAAGCGACGCGUUUGAAGAACUCAACCUACCCCUAGAGGUACCAACACUAACGGGCAUAAACUUCAACAUCCCUAAACACACCCAAGGAAAAAUCGCGAAAGCACUCAUCAAGAACAUCACGGACACCAAGAUCAUAGAACGAAUCUAA